AUGGCGAACCCGAAGUUUCAAAGACUGAUACGCUUCCUGAGCACGUCUGGUGAGACUCACAUGGGGGAGCUUCCAGAGAGCCACCUGUGGACUCAAGAGCUUGCGGGCACUGAGGUGUUGAUUUACGAGGGCAAGUCACCCUGGGAUGAGCAUCUACGACUUACCGACCAGAGGGCGGUGGUGAAGGAGGUCCUGAGUCCAUUUCCGGAGGUUCCAUUUAUCUAUGGUGUUGGUCUGAAUUACCGAAAGCAUGCGGAGGAGUCCGGAGACCCAAUUCCUACCUAUCCGAAGACUUUUGUGAAAUAUCCGGAUGCUAUGGCGGGCCCCUUCGAGGAUAUCUAUGUUCAUCACUCGGCCAAAGAAGUGGAUUACGAGGGUGAAUUAGUGGUUGUAAUCGGCGAGGACGUGUGCAACCUUUCGGAACAGGCCGAUCCGAUGGUAUACGUCCUGGGAUACACAAUCGGAAACGAUGUGUCGAGUCGAUGGUGGCAAAGGGCGACGGGGGGACAGUCCAACUACGCCAAAUCCUUUGAGGGGUUCGCGCCGUUGGGUCCAGUCCUGGUCUCCUCCACCGUCGUCCCCAACCCUGGAGCACUGACCUUGCGAACCUGGGUGAACGGUGAGAAGAGGCAGGAAUCCGGGAUCGACGAUCUCAUUUUCGAUGUUGGCGCCAUCGUGCGAUUCUUCAGCCAGGGCCGCACCCUUCGAAAAGGGUCUGUAAUCAUGACUGGCACUCCCUACGGGGUGGGCACUUUCAUCAAGGGGGGCCCCAAAUUCCUGAAAGAUGGGGACGAGGUAAAGAUUGAAAUCGACCAGAUCGGUCACAUCUGCAAUAAGUUUGUCUUCGAGCCAUGA